UAGCACCUGGGUCCAGGAGAAGAAGAAGAAGAAGAAACAAACAAGAGCCAAGCAAGCAACGAGAAACAGAAAACAAGACUAGAGAAGAGAAGAGAAGAGAGACGCGAAUGCAAGGUGAAUUGGAGUUACCACCUGGGUUCAGAUUUCACCCCACUGACGAUGAGCUCGUCACUCACUACUUGUGUAGGAAGUGUGCUUCCCAGUCAAUUGCUGUUCCUAUCAUCAAAGAAAUCGAUUUGUAUAAGUUUGAUCCAUGGCACCUUCCAGAAAUGGCUCUUUAUGGUGAGAAGGAAUGGUACUUUUUCUCUCCUCGGGACCGAAAAUAUCCGAACGGUUCACGGCCGAACCGGGCUGCCGGAACCGGAUAUUGGAAGGCGACGGGGGCGGAUAAACCGAUCGGAAAACCGAAGGCGCUUGGGAUAAAGAAGGCACUCGUGUUCUAUGCAGGCAAAGCCCCCAAAGGUGUUAAGACCAAUUGGAUCAUGCAUGAAUAUCGCCUUGCCAACGUUGAUAGAUCAGCCUCCAAGAAAAACAGCAACUUGAGGCUUGAUGAUUGGGUGUUAUGCCGAAUUUACAACAAGAAAGGGAAGAUUGAGAAGUACAACACCGUGGGUGUGGCGGAUCAGAAACCAGCAAAAUUUUCAGAACAAGUUCAAUUUCACUAUGAGCAUGAGCAUGAGAAUGAGACCAAGCCAGAGAUAGAUAUAAAGAUGUGCGGCCAGGAUGAUUUCAGGAAUGACCAAUUGCACAUGGACACGUCGGAUUCGGGUCCCAGGUUACACACGGACUCCAGCUGUUCCGAGGAGCACGUGGUUUCGCCGGAUGUCACGUGCGACAAGGAGGUGCAGAGCGAGCCCAAGUGGAAUGAACUUGACCUGGUGCCAGACCCAGACGCAGCCUUUGAUUUUCAGUUCAAUUUCAUGGACAGUAACAUAAACCCGUCAGUGGUGGAUGACCCUUUUGCCCCUCAGGUCCAAUUCCAAAUAAACCAGCUCUCGACUUGGCAGGAUAUGUUCAUGUACCUACCAAAGUCGUUUUGAUUUUUUUGAACGGUCACACUCAUGGGGUUGAAACUUGAAAUUGCAAAAUUGGCCCCUUUGAGAGGACGGGGGAAUCCUAAUAAGGAAGGGUCCCACAUGUAUUUUUAAAUUCGUUUUAGACAAAAAAAAAUUGCAUUCACACCUACCUACCUAACCACUGCUCGUGGACCACUGCAAGUGCCGGCCAUGGCCUGCCCUGAAAUCAAACAAUGGUUCAUGCGUGGUACCUAUUCUAUGUUCUUGGAAGAUUUCUAUGGAUUGUUGAAUUUGGCUGCUAUGGAUCAAUUGGGUUUUGAACCUAAAAGGAAACAUGAGAUCAAGUGUAACUUAAAAAUAAGCAGAAUGAUCUCAAUUGAGUGAAAGAUCCAAUGAGUCAUGUUAGGAUAUUGUAGUGUUAAGUUAACAUGUAAGGAGUCCCGUAGAAAAUUCUUGUUCCAUUGUUAUAUUGUACUAGGAAUUUUUUAUAUGUUUGUGAUAUGUAUAUUUUAUUUUUCAAAUUAAACUUC